ACAAAAAUUGCAGAAACAUUUGGAUCAAUCGCUUCGGGAAUUUCAACCAAAUUUUCUUGUCUACAACGCUGGAACAGAUAUUUUAAAAGGAGAUCCAUUAGGUACCGGACAGUUAAGAUGCGUAGUAAAAUAUUGUGCUGAGAAAUCCAAUCACCCUGGACAACCAUUGCAUUUCGGUUCCCAUGGUGAAGUAGCCAUCGGUGAAUAAAGUUCGUGUUAUUUUCAAUAUCUUGAUAAACGGUUUUUGCUAGAGCAUACUAAAAAAAUUACGCAAUGUUAAAUUCUACAUUUAUCAAUCAUCAGGAUCGAAAAGAAACAGCAGCUAUUGAGCGACGCCGUCAGUACGAGGAAGCAAGAAGGCUACGUAUUUUUAAUGCCCGCCAGAGGGUUUUUGGAAUCGAUAGAUUUGCUCUAGAAAAUCAGCUCAAAGAGAAACAUCAAAAACAGCAAGACGCUAUUGAACAACAACGAAAAGUCGAAGAUGAGCAGCAACGCCAAAAUCAAGUUAUUCAGCUUAAAAAUAGGGAACAACUUUUACUACGACAACAACUGGAUACAGAAAUAAACCAAUUCCGAGCAUUGCACCAAAGACCGGAACAAUCCCGUGAUUUUGAUCUGUUCGAUCCAAAUUUUCUGAAAAAAUCCCUUCCAGCACGGAUCAACGACGACGACCCUAGAUUGACCGUUUCUGGUGCACAAAAGUUCGAAGGAGAGGAUCUUUUCCAGAGAGAUCGAACACGUUUUCAAAAACAACAACAGCGAUCCUGGUUAGAGCAACAAAUCCGUGACAAACGACAAGCAGAAAUGGAUCGCAUCGCAUCAGAACGCUUUCUCGACGAAGCUUUGCAAGCUAGAGAGAAAAAAGUUUGCCAACUAGCAGCCGAAGAACGCACGACACGACACAAAAUUCAGCAAGCUGUUAACCAAUACAAUCAACAUUUGCUAGAACAACAGGAUUUUGAACGGAGUCAACAGAAACACGAAGAGCAGGAAGAUAAUUUGGCAGAAAUCUACAACCAUCUAACUAGUGAUAUUCUUACAGAAAAUCCAGAAGUAGCAAAGAGUAGUUUAGGUCCUAAUCGGAUUAUUCCUUACGCAUAUAAGGGUAUGAGUCUGUUGGAAUUGCAGCAAAUAAGAGAAACUCAAGAAAAACAACGAGAAGAUCUGAAUCGUCGUCAGAAAGAAGAAGCGAACAAUAAGGAAUCCUGGGACCAAUUAACCAUUGAUUUUGACCAGAGAGUGGUGUUAAAGGAUCGCGAAAUAAAUCGGCGUCGCCGGCUAUUGGCCGGUGAGAUUGGACACGAAAAUUUAAAACUUUGCAAUGAACAACAACAAACACUGAAGUAUCUAAAUCAGACUGUGUAUCAGAAUCGUCCCACAAUGGAAUAUUUCAACCAAUUCAAUACUACAAGUCGUUAAAGACAGCAUUCAUAUUUUUAUCUCGCAUAAUGAGUUAGAAAUAGUCACGUUUUAUUAUUUUUGAUUCUGUAGUUUACAAAACUAAUUCAGAAUAAAUCAAAGCUUCCUGAAUUGCAGUGCAUACGGGUUAAAUAGAAAACAGCUCACCGGAAUCGCAUUUUAGUUGCUCAAUGGUAGACAUUUAACAUUGUGUGGGCGGUGCAAUGCUGAAACGAUAUUAUUAUAUAGA